AUGGCUUUCCCUUGCCACUUGUUGAACUUUUGGAGAAGUCCAAUCCUCUUGUGGCAGCCACAACAGAGGGGUUCAUCCUUGGAGCCUCAUACUCCUCAAAGUAGUAGCACUCAGGCUCACCCAAAUCAGCUUUCCUGGCGAUCCUUCAGCUUGAUCUCAGCUCGAUCCUCAGCUCGAUCGAGCUCAGGCUCCUCUUCUCGCUCUUCAUGCCCAAGUGUACACAGGGGGUCUGAAGUCAAUUUUACCUUAGACUGUGGUGAGCUCAGGGUUGGGCAGGAGAAGCUUGGAGGGUCCAGCCAAUGGAUGGUGAACUUGAAUUGGAACCUCCCAUCCAACUCCUUGUGCUCAAUGAGAAGGUUGGUCUUGCAAAACUUGAUGUCCAUCCAACCUGGUUCAGUGGCUUUCCUAUCAGUUGGGUUCACUCCAGCAGCACACAAGAUAGGAGUGAUGAGCCCUCCAAUACUUAGGCGCCUCCCUCGUUGA